AUGGCUCCAAAACUAAAUCCAAGAAGAGGUUCUAGUCAAGUGAAUAUUGAAAACGAAGAUGCAACAAAUGAAGGAGAAGUAGAAACUUUGGACAAGAGACUGGUCUUGGUUGGGAUCAUGAGAAAAAAAACAGUGUUAGCUUCUGAAUCUUUGUGGACUGAUAAGAUUAAGAUUAAUCCAGAAUUCGCUAAGUUUAAGAAUGAAGGUCCUAAAUCUUUAGAUAGGCUUGAACAAUGUUUCAAGGACAUCGUAGCUACUGGUUAUAGUGCUUGGGCGCCAUCAGAAGAUCCAAAUCCUGAAGAAUUUAAUCAGAACAAUGAGGGUUUCGAGAGUGGAGGUGACAUGAAUUAUACAAAUGAAUUUAUUGAAGAAGACAUUGCAAAUUAUACAGUUGUUCAAAGUCCUACUAGAGAGAAAAGAAGGAAGACUUCUAACAAAAAAGUUGAGAAACGAGCUGGAAUAGCAUCUAGAUUACAAGACUCACUUGAUCGUAUUUUGGUUGGUGUGGAGUCAAAAGCUGCAACUAAGGGAGAUGAUCCUUACUCCACAGAAAAUUGCAUCAAGUUGCUACGCAAAUUACCUGGUCUAGAACCAUAUAGUCCACAGUUCUAUUUGGGAAUUAGAUUAAUGGCUAAGCCACAAUAUAGAGAAACUUUGAUUGCAUUGAGUGAUGAUCCCAAUCAACAAUUUGGAUGGCUAGAAUCUUUUAAAUUAGAUGACAUGAACCGUCUUUAA